UAUUCAAUCGAGUUAAACCCUAGCUUCGCCAUCGCGCUAUGACGCUCACAUAACGCAUUCGUUGCGCAUUUCUUUCGAAUGAAAACCUUGGUAGACAUGGAUGGGUGGGAGCAGGAGCGGCGAGCAGCCAAGCGUGUGUUUGAGUAUUUGGAACACGACAUCAAGCAACAAGAUGAAAAACGGAGGUGGAUUUUGAGAAAUUGGCCAGAACCCAGGGGUCGUGGUGAUAAACAGUUUCGUACAAGCUCGAUGGAGUAGAUGUGUACCUGAGUUGCUUCUACGUGAAAAGGAAGAAUUGUCCUUGAGGAGUCUCAAUGCUUUUGUUGGAAGGAGUCUUAGCAUUUUAUUAAAAAACAAGAUGUUGCGGAAGAGGACUGUGAAAAAGAAACGCAGAAUCGGAGAUGCUCUCAUGAGGCUGGAUUCGAGCUCUAUGAAAGUCCAACAGGACCUUUUGAGAAUCACAGAUGGUGCCGAUGUUAUUCCUAGCAAUCCUCUGCGUAUCGAAGAGGGUCUUUUGACAAUUACACAUGGUGGAAACCAGGCUAAUGCCACAGUUGCGAGGAAAGAAAAGGAAGUAUUUCACUCUAAUCAGAAGCCGCGAUCAUCACAACUUUCCCUCCAUCUGGAAAAGAUGGAUGACAUGGAGGUUUUGACGUCUCUGCCUUGUGUCUUGGACACAUUGAACCUUCAUGCCUUGCAAUCCAUUCUGUCUAUAAUCACUGGUGUCACAACUAGAAACUUCAACAGGAUUUGGUUGGAGGAUCAGAUAGUACAGACUGUAAAUGACCUUAUGAAUGAGUGCGAGGACGAACUACCGGACGUCGUAAUGCAAGCUAUAGAAGUUAUGCGAGACGAGAUUUCAGCGCGCAGACGUAUGUCAUCUGGCAUUUUGUUCGAAUUGCCUCCAUCUCCAAUCCUAGCUAUUCAAUCAGCCCUUGAUCAGGUGGAAAGUUUACCUCUUCGCACUUUACAUGCCAUGUAUGAUUUAAUCAAUGAGAGGCCAGUAGAAAAGGUUAGGUUAGCACAGUCACUCACUGGAGGAAAUAGGGAACGACUUGCGAGAUCUCUUAGAGCUACAACUGAAUACUUGACAGAUAAUCUUGAGGAAGGUGACCCCUUGCCAGAACCUUUGAAGAAAGCCUUGCAUGCAAUGAGUUUAUCAGCAAAGGAGCUGGAUGGCAAUGAUGGAAACUUACUGUCAAUAGUUGGCCCUCCCCCACCUGAUGUUGAAGCUGUUCACAACAGGCUACUUUUAGCCCUCUCGCAGUUGAAGAAGCUUGGUUUUCACAGUUUGAUAUCACUUUCUAGUGUUGUGCAUGAGGGCCCUGCUCAAUCAUUUUGUAAGUUGCAUCCAGCAUAUUUACGCUCACAUUUUCGACGGAUCUUAUUGGACUUCCUCCUUAGAUGUGAUGUUCCCGAAGUUCCAGCACUCAUCCAGAAGAUUAUCGAUGUCAUAGCUGCUGAGGACGGCCAACCGACGAUACCACCGGAAAAGUCUAAGAAAUAUCUAAAGAAACCCAAAAAGCCUGAUAGGAUAUCAAAGAGGUCAAUGUGGCAACAAGGGGAAAGAAAUAGUGACGAGGUGGAGGCAGUGCUGCAAAUUAGCAGUCACUUGGUGCAGAUAGUUAGAGAAAAGGAGGAAGCUGAGGAACAAACUGCGAGUAUGCUCAUGAAAAUUGAAAAAGAUUCGGAGGCGCCUGGUGUACAGAACACAGAUUCAAGAGAUGAAGAUGAGAGUCAUCGUCUAGACGAUGUAGCUGUUCGUACAGCAGCUGAUGAAGCUGGAUCAUUGUGCUAUUCUAUUCUGGGACGGGGUUUAGAAGAACUUCUACCCCCUGAAGCAGCACCAUUGCCGUACUAUGUACAGAAGUACUUGCAAGGUGGUUCUUCUCCAAUUGUGAGACAAGCAGUUGGAGAGAACGAUGAGGAGAAAAGUGCUAUUGAUGAGGUGGAUCUACUUAUGAAGAUUGCAGAGUCUCUGCCAGGCGUGUCAACCAGGGCUCUGCAAAACAUGAGAACUCGCUUGGCCUUGGUUUGAGCAUGACAUUGAGGAUACUGGCUUCACGAUCGGUUGUCAUGCUUUGGCACAUUGUGUUCUACGAAAGUGAGUGUAAUUCUAUUUGAGUCUGAAGAGAAGUUGCACGUCCUUGUAGGGAUAUUUUAAAUGAGAAUUAGCACAAAUACGGUGAUCUGAUCUAGUAACUACGUUGCCAACGUUGUGUGCUGCAUGGAUGGGCUUUCUUAUCUUCAGGACGCACUGAACCUAAGUUCCGAAGGAUAUUGUCUGUAGCUUGCUUAGUUAGGCAGAACUGACUUGAGUAUUUGUACUACAUAAUUAUCAGCUAAGCAGUAGAGGCUGAUGGAAGCUCACUCGAUGAGUAAAUAAGCACUUGUGAAUUGCUACCGUAUAUGUACUUUUUGUAGCAUCACAGGAAACUCAACAUUUAUGAAUGACUUCAUUUUACUACGUUCUACUGCGACAA